AUGACUAAUCUUACGAGUCGAAUGGCCGUUUUUGGACCAAACAUGAUGUUUAGGGAUCUAAGAUGUUCUCCAUCAUGUACGCGUGCUGGAGUACAUGGUACAUUGUCCAUCUGUCCUCCAGAUUGCUUUGAGUACAAAGGAACACUUGAUGUUUUCUACAAAAUUAUUCGGCAGGAGGGAUUUGGAAGAUUAUGGCGAGGCACCAAUGCUGGCCUUGCAUUGGCUAUACCAACUGUGGGAAUCUAUUUGCCUUGCUAUGACAUCUUCCGGAAUUGGUUUGAAGAGUUUGCAGCUCAAACUACUCCAAGCAUGACACCGUAUGCCCCUUUGCUGCUUUUAUCUUCUGUACCCACCCGUGGAAGACACUCCUAUGGACUUAACGCUUGCUCCAGAAGCCCCUUCAAAAUCGUCGGUGGUCCCGCUAGCUCCGCUGUCGGAAAUCCAGAUGAAAUUGCAAAACUUUUCCCAUCACUGUUUGGGCAACCAUCAGCAAUAUUGGUGCCAGGGUUGAUGAAAGCGAAUAGCUCUCGAGUUAGAAGUGGAAAAGAAAGCUCAAGCCGAAAGAGAUAAGAUGCUGAAAAUGCAAGUGUUGUAUUCUUCAUUUCAAUUGUUAGUAUGAAACAUAGAGUAGAUUAGAUGAAUGCAAAUUUAUAU